AUGUCGAAGAAGCAAUUCAACGUGCCUCCAGUAAUUUUCCCCACAUCCACAAACCAAAAUCGUCCAACAGCACCAUUCCAGCCCCGUCCAGCCACAAACCCAAUCCCCUUCAUGUCCUCCGCGACAACAUCCUCCUUCCCACCACCUCCCACCGCCAAUUUCAAUUUCGACCAAGAGCCACCUCUCUUAGAAGAACUAGGAAUCAACACUAAACAGAUCUGGAACAAAACCACCUCGCUCCUCAACCCACUCCGCAUCAGAAACCUAGAUCUCCACGAAGACGCCGACCUAUCGGGACCGGUAAUGCUGAUUAUGGCGUUUGGUCUUUUCCAGCUCUUGGCCGGGAAGAUUCACUUCGGGAUUAUUCUCGGUUGGGUAACGGUUUCGGCCUUGUUUCUUUAUGUUGUUUCUAACAUGCUCGCCGGACGUAAUGGAACGUUGGAUCUUUAUCGGUGUGUUAGUUUAAUUGGUUAUUGCAUGUUGCCUAUGGUUAUUUUGUCUGCAAUUUCCUUGUUUCUACCUCAGGGUGGGUUAUAUAUCUCUGUUAUUGCUCUGUUUUUUGUUGCAUGGUCUACCAAGGCUUGUACUAUGUUAUUGGUACACGUGGCUAGGUGGGACCAACAUCCUGGGUUGCUUGCAUAUGUUUGUUUUCUUAUUUAUUCUCUGUUCUCCCUUCUCGUUGUCUUUUGA